AUGUCAGGGCAAAGAGAACAUUCCCACCAGGAGAAGGUUGAUCUAAACGAGAAUGGACGACAGGGCAAUGUUGAGGAACGAGUGUGGGGAUGUGAACGACAACAAUGGGCUCAGGGUGAAUGGAAUUUUGGCCAACCUUUGGUCCAAGUUUUGGGAACGCUGGCUUUGUCGCUGGAGACCAAACACAGCCACACUCGUAGUGGAACGGAAAGGGGCGAUCGCAAUGUGUCACAGAGCUUCCUCGGUUUGAGAUGGGCUUGGCGUAGAGUGGGCGCUUCGAUGGGAAACAAUCUCAGGAAGUUGGCGGGACUUUGA